AUGUCCCCCCUUCUAUUAUUCCUACCGCUCUCUGUUCUUUUGCCAGUCUUAGCUGGAGCCACCCAAAAAGUCCGUCAGAUUGUGGUGAACGCAAGCUCUCCAUGUGGUCAAUUGAGACAAGAGAUCCAGGGGUCCCUCAGUGCGGAUUCAGACUUUAUUUUCCAAGCAUUUGAUGGAGCCUCUGACCUCUUCUGUGACUAUCAAGCAGAAAUCGGGGCACUAUUCCCGGAAUGUGGAAUCAAACAUGUGUUAAUCUACAACUUUCCACAAGUUUUUCUCGGUUGGGGGAAACCUGGAACGGCCGGCGACCCACUCAAUAACAGUAACUACAAUUGGACAGCAGCCGAUGGCUAUGUGAACUAUGUCGUGUCAAAUGGCGCAAAGGCAAUCAUCCAAUUUCAACCGGACAAUGGCACCAACCCGAACAUCACAUCACCAGAAGAUUUGGGCAAGAUUGCGUACAUGAUCACUGACCGAUACCUGAAUGGUGCCUACGACUCUGGGUUCUCCGACGCUAUCGAGCUCUUUGAAUUCUAUCCCGAGACUGAUCUGCUCAACUCUCCAACAAUCGAGUCACAAUACCAGCAUAUGUUCGCCUAUUUCAGCAAUUUCAAUCACGGGGUGGCCAAUGCCAGGUUUGAUGCCCAUUUGAGGGUUUAUCGAAGAGAAGCUGACCGCUCUCAAGUUCUUCUAGAGUUGGGGUAUCCGACGAAGCACAACUACUCGGUAAGACGAACGAAAAUAACAAAACAAAACACCUUGCAUAGUGCUUUCCGCGAUAAAAACGGCUUACACCUGCAGACAUUUGAUCCCUUCAUCGUCCAAUUCUACAAAGAUUGUGUGGACCGAAAUGUCCCCAUCAAGGCUGCCACUUUUCACUUUGUAAAUUUGUGGUUCAGCUUUAAUCCCUACGAUAUCAAGACGAUAACGGACAAGUUUCGAAACGAUAUUCUCAUACCAGCUGGACUUCCCGACCUCGAAAUUUGGGCUACGCACUCGGGAUGGUCAACGUCGGUGUCCCCCAGGACUUUCAGCUCGCAAGAGGCUCUCAAUUUAUACCGAGAUCCACAGUUCUUCUCAGCCUUCAACAUCGGAGUUUUGAUGUAUGCCCAAGAUACCUCCGUUGAGCAUACCAUUCUCUAUCCUGGUUUGAGCUACGGUGGCUGGGGUGCUGGUGGCUUCUGGUACCAGGGAUUUUUCAAUAAGUCCGCAGAAGACCAGCCCAUCCCUCGAAAUGUCGCCAAAGCUUGGGUGAACUAUAUCAACUUUCUGAACCGGACGCCUAACCGGCUUGAAGUUAGUGGCGGUAGUUCGGAUGGUUUCGCAGUUCUGGCAGGCCGUUCAAAUGAUACGCACCAGAUUCAAGUCUUUUUGAACAACUAUCAACUAGACUACACGGUUCCCCAAGAAAUCCUACCCUACCUAAACUCAUCUACAUUGGCGUAUCUUCCUGUAAAGCCCGACGGAUUGAUCAAUGGUGAUCAGGUCUGUUUUGCGGAUGGCAAUCAACUUUUCCUGUUCCCAUCUUGUGUUACGUUCGCUCCGGUCUCCCAGCGCAACAACACCAGCAAUACCUACCGACUCCGGGUUAGUGACCUGCCUUGGAACUCCACCACUCGCUACUACAUUGAUAUUCUUCGGGUUGGCGGGAGUAACGCGACGACCCUAGAAUUCACGCGUGAGGGCCAGGGAAGUAACCUCGACAUUACGCUCGACUUCCCAGCAAAUGCACAGGACCUGAUCACCAUCACUAAGGCCUAA